CCCUGCAGAGAUCACUGGGAGGGACAAGAAGGGUGAUUGCCACCUGCAAAAUGAGCAUUUUUCUGGUGUUAAGAACAGAUAUGCACAGGCUUUGUAGCAGGUUUAGAAAAUCCCUGCCCUCUAUUUUAGUUUUGCCUUCCUUCUUCACAUCUUUUAAACAGUACUGGUGACUUCUUUUAAGAGAUUCUAACUUAAGCCUGAUUCUUUUGGGGGUGUUGGGUGCAUGAGUCUUUGGGGUGCAGAUGUGGAGGUCAGGAACAAUGUAUUUGCUGGAGAGUGCAGGUCCUGCAGAAUGCCCUACUGGAAUUGUGUCUCUCCCAGAGCAUCUCCUUGCAGGGAGGAUUUUUGUUUGGGUUUUUUCCCUCCAUUUAUCCUCUCAGGACUGUUAUAGCUCCCUGAGGCAUAGAUUGUUUGUGGGGGAAUUGGAGGUAUGAAUAUCACCCAAAUUAACUUUCAAAGAGAAGGUGCUGAUAGAGUUGCCUCUGGUACUUCUUUCCAGAAAUGUUAAGAGGUAGCAGACUGUUUUCUCCAGCUUGAGACCACUUCCUUCAACUAGAUGUUAUGGUGAUUUAGGAUAGUGUCAUUUCUGGGAAUGCUGGGGCAUCUCCUGCUUUAAUCAGUUUUUGAGACCUUGAUAGGGCAUGUGCGUGACGCCUUGGAGGCUCCAAUUUGCAAUGCUGCAGUUCAUUUCUCUGUGUUAAUUGUCAGCUGUCAGUCACUGACAUGUACCUGUCAAAACCUUGUUAUAACAGGCUUGUGUAGCAGCUACAAAACAAAAGCAGCUGGUGAAGAGAUGGUUCAGAGAGCUGUACACACCUGUGACACAAACAGAGCAUUCCAUUCAGGCUUGUCAGUUUUAUUUACCUGGCACCAUAAGUAUGAACCAGCCUCUCAAUGAAAGUGGCAAAAUAGAAAUUCCGGUGGCUGGCUGUAUUAUUGUCUGUUCAAUUGUAGUUUCUCUUCUGGGAAUUCACAUAAUCACCUCUUGAGGGUUAUCUGCCCUGAUAGCUUUGUGUAGUGAAUCUGUUCUCCUUUCCUGUUGUUGGGAAAACCUUUCUGGUACGCACAGCUGUCAGCACAAUAGAGCCACAAGAAUUUAUAUUUUUUUUUCCUUAUGGGAGCAAUAACAGUAAUUAUUUAUUUGGAGUUUUCUUUGUUAUUCCUUAGAGUCAUUCACUACUGAAAAAAAGACUCCUGUGCUGGGGUGGAGUAGAGCAGCAAAUUUCACUUCAGUCCCAGGGGCACACCCUGACAGAGAGAGGCCAUUGAGAAUUUUCUGUAAUGUACAGUCCCUGCAAGACAGACAAGCACCCAACUCCCUGUCUUGUGCAAAUUCAACACGUAAAUAAUGGAGCCACUUUUUCUCUGCUGGGAUCUGAAGCUUGGUGUCAUUUCUUAGGCCAGCCUGCUACAGAAAUGCAGGGUGCCAAGGGAACAGGGAAAUGCCCACACUUGCUUGAUUGUGAUUACUGUAGGCUCAGCUGCACUCAUUGCUGAUGGAGAGCUCUUGGGGUGAGAGGGAAGGACCCUUUCUGGGUUUGCUGUAGUAAAGGACACAUUUCAGUGUGCUGCAUCCAGAGCUUGUGGCUGUCACCUGCGACUCAGCCUAGUUUGGUUUGAACUAGUCAGGAGAGGUUCUCAGUUACUCGGUUUUGCACCAAAAUUAAUUCCCUAACGGUGGGAUUGGUUUGUUUUUUCGAGACAAGAGAUUGUAAGAGUACUGCAGAAAGGUGUCUUUACUUGCCUCGUUUGAUCAUCUCACUGCAGUGGUCAGGUUGUGUGACCAGGAGUGGCAAGGGCCUUCUGUGUAGCCUAGGAACAGCUCAUUUCCCUGUGAGAUACCGGUCUUUCAGUUUGAAUGAUGUUCCCAUUGUAGCUGUGCUCCAAGCAUUCCUCUGCAAUCUGUGCUUGGAAGAUCAGUGCUGCUCCUUUGGCCACUAUUUCCUGCAGUUAAGGCUCCUUAGCUGGUAUUUUGUGCCUGGAGGGAGCCAUGGAGUAUGACUUGUGGAAGGAGUAGAGAUAACAAGCACCCAUCUGUUCUUCUUUUCCAUCCCUUCGGGAUGUCCGGGUGUCCCUGGUUAGAAUUCUUCUCUGGAUAAGAUAGUGGAGGUGUCACUGCGGGGCAGUCAGGGCAGAAAACAAUAGCAGGCCAAGUCCAAAAAACAAGAUUGAUCAGUAAGUACAUCCCUGCUGUCAGUAAGGGGUAGAGCUGCUCUGGGGAGGUCAAGGCUGGAGCUGUAGCCCACGUCCCUUCCUCAUAAACUUCCAGGAGAGCAAUCACACUUGCUCUUGUGGAAGCCUGGAGUCAGAAGCUCCACUGAGAGGAAGGCUGCAAGAGCCACAACCUGUACAAGGACUUUCAAGCCUCUGUCCCUUGAGUGGUGGCUCUUCCUUGGCUCAGUGGGAUGUUCCAGUACUUGUUUUUCUGUAUCUACUUUGUCGUUCAGCUCCAGCCAGUGUCUUCGAUGGCCCUGGACCCCUGCUCCGCCUACAUCAGCCUGAACGAGCCCUGGAGGAACACGGAGCACCGCAUCAACGGCUCGCACGGGCAGCCCACGUGCGACAGCGGCAUCGACGGCGAGUGGUACCGCUUCACGGGCAUGGCGGGCGACGCCAUGCCCACCUUCUGCAUCCCCGAGAACCACUGCGGCACGCACGCGCCCAUCUGGAUGAACGGCAGCCACCCGCGCCCCGCCGACGGCGUCGUGCGGCGCCAGGCCUGCGCCAGCUUCAGCGGCAACUGCUGCCUCUGGAACGCCACCAUCGAGGUCAAGGCGUGCCCGGGAGGGUACUACGUGUACCACCUCAGCAAGCCCAGCGUGUGCUUCCACGCCUACUGCGGCCAUUUUUAUGACAUCUGUGAUGUGGUGGAUUGCCAGGACUCCUGCCUGGACACCGGUGACUGCACGUGUUCCCCGGGUACAACACUAGGACCUGAUGGCCAGACAUGCCUUGAUGAAAACGAGUGUGAGCAGAACAAUGGAGGCUGCAGCGAGUUCUGUGUUAACCUGAAGAAUUCCUUCCGCUGUGAGUGCGGCGUCGGGCGCACGCUGGGAAGCGAUGGGAAAACCUGUGAAGAAAUUGAAGGCUGUCACAAUAACAACGGAGGCUGCAGCCAUACCUGCAUUGAAGUGGAAGACACCUACCAGUGUGAAUGUCCCAGGGGACUUGUUCUGUCAGAAGACAACCACACUUGCCAAGUUCCAGUGCUGUGCAAGUCCAGCUCCAUCGAGGUGAGCAUCCCAAAGGACCUGGUUGGAGGCCUGGACCUUUCCCUCAUCAACACUUCGUGCAAAGGCGUGUCCAAUGGCACUCAUGUCAACAUCCAUUUCUCCCUGAAGUCCUGCGGUACUGUUGUAGAUGUAAUAAAUGAUAAAAUCAUUGCCACCAACCUGGUGACUGGCUUGCCCAAGCAGACCCCGGGCAGCAACGGGGACAUCAUUGUCCGCACCAGCAAGCUGCUGAUCCCGGUGACCUGCGAGUUCCCGCGCCGCUACACCAUCUCCGAGGGCUACGUGCCCAACCUCAAGAACUCUCCCUUGGAAAUCAUGAGCCGCAGCCAGGGCAUCUUCCCCUUCACUCUGGAGAUCUUCAAGGACAAAGACUUUGACGAGCCCUACAGGGGUGCUCUUCCCACCCUCAAGCUUCGGGACUCCCUGUACUUUGGGAUUGAGCCCUUGGUGCACGUCAGUGGACUGGAGACGCUGGUGGAGAGCUGCUUUGCCACUCCCACCUCAAAAAUUGAUGAGAUCCUGAAGUACUACCUGAUUCAAGAUGGCUGCGUUUCUGAUGAUUCCGUGAAGCAGUACACGUCAAAGGACCAUCUUGCCAAGCAUUUCCAGGUUCCUGUGUUCAAGUUUGUGGGCAAAAACAACAGGGAGGUGUUCCUGCACUGCCGCAUCCUCGUGUGCGGGGCGCUGGACGAGACCUCGCGCUGCGCCCAGGGCUGCCGGAGACGCGUGCGCAGGGCGGCCCAGCCGCGGCAGGAGGAGCAGCAGGAGGAAUCUCACGUGGCAAACCACGUCCUGACAGGAGGCCCCAUCAGAAUCGACUUUGAUGACUGACACCCACCCUCUGGAACAGCAUCCCUUAUCACUGCCGCCUGUUGUGGUUGUUUGAGAAACGAGAGGUAUUUGUUAAAGCUCCACUUAAACCUCAGGACUCAUCUCCUUAACUCUGUGGUGAUUAUUUGUGCAGUAUUUUGGGCCCUUGGAGUGUGACCCGGACUUCAGAACAGUUUGGCUUUAUCUGCAUUUCUCCCCAACACCCCCUUAGCUGAAGGGACCCUGUUUCUUUGCAGGCCGGAAGUGUUACCCAACUUUGCCUUUCCCCACAUCCACCUACAGGCCCCAGGACUGUUUGUCCUUGAUUAAACAAAUGUUAUCCAAGCCCUUCUUGCAUCAGACAGUACAAAUAGUAUCAUAGCUGAGUGUGUUUGCUGUGCAGCUCUGGGAGUGAUGCUGAAGCUUUUGGGUGACUGUUAAUAAAAACAUGAAUAAAAUAGGUCUCAUCAUGUGUAAGUUCCUUGGAGCAAUACAGUUGUCAUUACAGGCAGCUAAAGCUCAGAUCUAUCACAGGUGCAUUUAAAUGUGAUUUUAAAUAGCAAAAGGUAUUUAAUGAGAUUUGAUUUUUUUACUGGCUUUUGAUAAUUGCAUGAAGUUUAAUAGUGUUUCCUCCUGUAUUUAGUGUAUCAUUAUUCUUCUUCCUCUUCUCCCACCUCCAAAAGUGCCUUUCCUAAGUGCUAUAGCACCUUGAUUGUAAGAGAAACCCCAUUAAACAUCUAUAAACACCCCCA